GUCUAUGGAAAUGCAGGACCUAGCCAGUCCUCAUCACCGCGUGGGAGCUGUGGAUUCGACGGGCUCCAAGCUCGACAAGCACAGCCUUGGCAGCCCUUCCAUCACCAGCAAUGGAACAGGAGGUGAAAGUAUGACCGUUCUAAACACGGCUGAUUGGCUGUUGGGCUGCAGCAGCCCGCCCCUCGCCCCGGGCUCCAAGGACUAUGUGAAAACAGAGCCUAUGAACAACAACGAUACAGUCACCACAACAGGCGACACAGCACUGGACACAUACGCCGGCUCAGUAAUCACCAGCAGUGGAUACAGCCCUCGCUCAGCCCACCAGUACUCGCCUCCCCUCUACCCGUCAAAGCCCUACCCUCACAUCCUCUCCACGCCUGCGGCCCCUUCUAUGCCGACGUACGCCGGCCAGCCCCAGUUCAGUAGCAUGCAGCAGUCCUCCGUCUACACCGCUUACUCCCAGUCAGGCCAGGCCUAUGGACUGUCCAGCUACGACCUGGGGGUGAUGCUGCCGGGCAUCAAGACGGAGAGCGGCCUGGCUCAGAGUCAGUCUCCUCUGCAGACAGGCCUCAGCUACAGCCCUGGCUUCACCACGCCUCAGCCCGGACAGACGGCAUACUCACCCUAUCAGAUGCCAGGUUCCAGUUUCACCCCCUCCUCAGGCCUCUACAGCACCAACAACUCAGUGUCCAACCCCGCCAACUACACUGCCACACAGCAGGAUUACCCCUCAUACACGACGUUCGGCCAAAACCAGUACGCCCAGUAUUAUUCCGCCUCCACUUACGGGACAUAUAUGAGCUCCAACAGCGUGGACGGCACAGGCUCCACGGCGGCCUACCAGCUGCAGGACCCCGCCCCCGCCAUGACCGGACAGGCCGCUGAACUUCACCCAGGGGACUUUGAGACGGUGCAGAGCCCCUCGACGCCCAUCAAGGAGCUGGACGACCGGGCCUGCCGGAGUGGGGGGUCCAAGUCCCGGGGCAGGGGCCGCAAGAACAACCCGUCCCCUCCCCCUGACAGCGACCUGGAGAGGGUGUUUGUGUGGGAUCUGGACGAGACCAUCAUUGUCUUCCACUCUCUGCUCACCGGCUCCUACGCACAGAAAUAUGGAAAGGACCCUCCCAUGGCUGUCACGUUGGGUUUGAGGAUGGAGGAGAUGAUCUUCAACUUGGCCGACACACACUUAUUCUUCAAUGACCUGGAGGAAUGUGAUCAGGUACAUAUUGAUGAUGUUUCAUCAGAUGACAAUGGCCAGGACUUAAGUACUUACAGUUUUGCAACUGAUGGCUUCCAUGCAGCUGCAACCAGCGCUAACCUGUGUCUGGCUACGGGCGUCCGCGGCGGGGUCGACUGGAUGAGGAAACUGGCCUUCCGCUACCGACGGGUCAAAGAGAUGUAUAGCACGUACAAAAACAAUGUGGGGGGGCUGCUCGGCCCGGCCAAGAGAGACGCCUGGCUGCAGCUCAGAGCCGAGGUGGAGGGUCUGACCGACUCCUGGCUCACCCACGCACUCAAGUCCUUGUCCAUCAUCAGCUCCAGGAGUAACUGUGUAAACGUGUUGGUGACCACGACGCAGCUCAUACCAGCUCUGGCUAAAGUUCUCUUAUAUAGUCUGGGAUCUGUUUUCCCUGUCGAGAAUAUUUACAGCGCAACCAAAAUAGGAAAAGAGAGUUGCUUUGAACGCAUAAUGCAAAGGUUUGGCAGGAAAGUAGUGUAUGUUGUUAUUGGGGACGGUGUGGAAGAGGAGCAGGCGGCCAAAAAGCACAACAUGCCUUUCUGGAGGAUAUCCAGUCACUCUGACCUGCUGGCGUUACACCAAGCACUGGAGUUUGAGUACCUGUAG